CGGUUCCAAUUCCAAACACGGCCUUCGCUUCCAUCACGUACUGUGAAGCAGCUCCUUCUUCAAAGCUGUAACCCUCUUCGCUCUCUAUCUCUCUUCAUCCAGGCGCGAAGUUGUCGGAAGCCUUGGAGAAGUUCGCCCGCAAGAUCUGGUUCCCUAGAGUUGAAUUUGAAGUGUGAAACUAUGUCUUCGAUUCGAUUUGAUGCUCCAAAGCAGUACUAUGCUACGAGUAGUCUUGUGGUUGGUUAUGCUCUCUGUUCGAGCUUGCUUGCUGUGAUCAACAAGUAUGCCAUUACCAAGUUCAACUACCCAGGUCUUCUGACUGCGUUGCAGUACCUAACUUCAGCUCUAGGAGUUUGGGUUUUGGGAAAAUUGGGGUUUCUACACCACGAUGCAUUCACAUUGGAGACUGCCAAGAAGUUCUUGCCCGCGGCUGUUGUGUUUUAUCUCGCGAUCUUUACGAACACCAAUCUGCUUCGUCAUGCCAAUGUCGAUACAUUCAUUGUGUUCCGAUCCUUGACACCCCUGUUGGUUGCUGUUGCUGAUACCGCAUUUAGAAAGCAACCCUGCCCAUCGAAGCUUACAUUUCUUUCGUUGGUGAUUAUUCUUGGUGGUGCUGUUGGGUAUGUUGCCACAGAUUCGGGUUUUACACUCACCGCAUAUUCUUGGGCAUUUGCUUAUUUAAUCACAAUUACAACUGAAAUGGUUUACAUCAAACAUAUGGUCAUGAAUCUUGGGUUGAAUACUUGGGGUUUUGUUUUGUACAACAAUUUGUUGUCAUUGAUGAUGGCUCCUCUGUUUUGGAUUAUUACGGGAGAGUAUGCUGAUGUGUUCGCUGCUGUGGGAUCAAAUUCUGGGAACUGGUUUCAUCUGGAUGCAUUUUUUUCUGUAUCAUUGUCAUGUGUAUUUGGCCUGCUCAUUAGUUUCUUUGGAUUUGCAGCCCGGAAAGCCAUCUCUGCCACGGCUUUUACUGUCACCGGGGUGGUCAAUAAGUUUCUUACUGUUCUAAUCAAUGUGUUGAUUUGGGAUAAACAUGCUGGUCCAUUUGGUUUGGUUUGCCUCAUCCUCACAAUUGCAGGAGGUGUUCUUUAUCAGCAGUCAGUUACUAGCCGUAGCAAUGCUCUGUCACAGCGUGAUUCUUUGGUAUCUAAGCAGACGGACAGUGUCACUGACGGAGGAAAAGAGGAAGAGAGACUUAUCUCUGGUAAAAUUUCUGGUGUAUGAGCAUUUUGCUUAAGUUGAUCAUUCUCCAAAUAGGUUAAGUAUAAUUUUUAUGCCUAUUGUGGGUGGCUUUAAGAUCCAUGCUCUAUUAAGUCUGCUAAGAUUAUUCUUGAAACGCUUAAUCAAGUCAUUUUUUGUUCUUGUCGGUAGUUGAGCUUCUAUUCUAGUAUAUUUCUUCUGUGAAGCAGUUGCAGGAUCAUGCCUUGUAUGGUUUUGACUGUCUCAGUAGAAUGAAAAAUGUAAUGACUGAAACAGCUUUAUUUCCGACUCUGUUAGUUUGCAUUUAUCCCUUGUUGGAGAAAUUGAACUUUUUGGUGCAAUUAACUAUCCUUAA